GGGGGCGCAGCAGAGCUUGUUUUCUGUCUGCCGUGUCGGUUUCCAGCUUUCUGUCAUUCUGUGUCUUGGUGCGUAAAAGCAGAACCACCAUGGAAUCACCACGAUGACCAAUGUCCGGAGUUUCCUCUGCGCCAGGAUCUGAUUCACAACUCUGGUUACGGAUUUACUGACCCUGCAUGGCUUAACGCACAGUCUCUGGAAGGAAACCCCGCAGUUCCACCUGGAUUAGUGUUUCGACUGUGCGGAUACCUGCGCUUGGAAAUGGAUCUGUGAACGCUGCAGUGUGAGACACACUGGUUAGAAAGUACAGUGAAGUAUCAAAUACUUCACCACACCAGCAUCAUAACCUACAGUGUCCAACUUUAAGAAUCCAGCAGCUAUGCAGGGAGCCGCUGUCAGGAUUGUCAGAGUUUCUGUCCUCCUGCUGGUGCUUUGGUCAGACCCCCUGAACUGCCAACACACUACAGACCACAGGAAGGUUACUCAGAGGGCAGAGCCCCAACAGGAGUUCAGAGCAGAGCAUGGAGAAAUCCAGGGCUCAUGGGGCGCCUGGGGACCCUGGUCAACCUGCUCCCGGACCUGUGGAAGAGGAGUUCAAGAGCAGAGCAGGCCCUGCCUGCCUGUUUACACACAAACCCAAUACCCCUCCAGAAGAGCUGAUGUUCACCCUCAGCAACGAGACCUUGUCAUUUCAGCCCUGCGGCCAACAGUUCCUCUGCACCGCGACACAGGCAAGUCCUACAACAGCAGUAAUCAUGGAGAGCUGAGGGAGGAGAAGCAGACCCGGCCUGGAGGACGCAGGAGGGUCACUCACAUCAUCCCGGGGAGGUAUGGCUACGGGAGAGCUCCUUAUGUUGCUCCAUUGCAGACGGAUACAGGUCAGGGCGUUGAGACGGCUCGCCCCCACAGACAGAGACGCUCUGCUGCGGCAGAUGCCCACCACCCACCCGCUAGAAGCCACGGUGGCCACAGGUCAAACAACUUGGACCCCUCCACCAACGUCCAUCACUAUAGCAGACCCUACAUGCAGCCCAGGGCACAGAAGCCCAAAAAUAACCAAGUCUGGGCCCCCCUCUACCAGCCUGGUUCGGGUAACCAGGCCCAGGUCCAGCAGGAAGUACAAUCAGGCAGCCAGACGUAUGGACCCCAGCAGCACCAAGAGAGGCCCUACGACCCCCUACCUAGUUCCUCCUGCACAGGGGAGCAUGCUCACUACAGGAUCUGCAACAGUAAUACCUGUCCUCCAUCCAGCAGACACAUCAGGGCUGUUCAGUGUUCUUCAUACAACAACCAGCCUUUCAUGGGCAGACUGUAUGAGUGGGAACCUUUCAAUGAGGUUCCUGGGGAUCAGCAUUGUGAACUCCACUGCCGGGCCAUAGGGUUCAGGUUCUACGUGCGUCAAUCAGAGAGAGUGAUUGAUGGGACGCCGUGUGGGCAGAAUGACACUUCUCUUUGUGUGGCAGGAAAGUGUACGAGCCAAGGCUGCGAUGAGUAUCUCGGAUCGGGAAGGGUGAUGGACAAGUGCGGUGUGUGUGGAGGCAACAACACAACCUGCAGGCUGGUCUCUGGAGUGUUCAAACACAGUUUGUCCAAGAUCGGCUACCACAAGAUAGUGGAGAUUCCAGAGGGAGCCACCAAGAUCAACGUCACAGAAAUGGUGAAGAGCAGAAACUACCUAGCUCUCCGAAGCCGAUCAGGGCGAUCCAUCAUUAAUGGAAACUGGGCUAUUGACCGACCAGGCAAGUAUGAGGGAGGGGGGACCAUGUUCACCUACCGCCGACCCAACGAAAUCAGGAGCACAGCUGGGGAGUCCUUUCUUGCUGAAGGGCCCACCAAUGAAAUCCUGGACGUUUAUAUGAUCUUCCAGCAGCCAAACCCUGGUGUUCACUAUGAGUACAUUCUCCCUACUGAGCAACCAGUUGGCCCUCAGCAACCAAACCACAGACCAGAAGGGAAUGCUGUGAAUGGACAGGGUGGAUACGACAAUCACAGAAACACUAAACAGGAAAACUUCAACCCAGCGGGUGGGGGGAGGGACCCUCCUCGUCUCCCUGACAACCAGGUUCCCGUCGCACAGCCACCCAGACGCGUGAGAGAUUACAACUGGAAAAUGGCUGGUGCUACAGAGUGCAGCGCCUCCUGUGGUAAAGGAUUCAGGUAUUCCAUCUUUCAUUGUGUCUCCCGGCUGAACCAUGCCCAGGUAUCGGAUGCUUUGUGUGAUAGCAGCAGCAGACCGACUCCACAGGAAGAGGCCUGCAACCUGCAGCCCUGCCCAGCCUUCUGGGAUAUUGGAGAGUGGUCAGAAUGCAGUAAGACAUGUGGCCUGGGCAUGCAGCACCGGCAGGUCCUGUGUCGCCAGAUUUACGCCAACCGCACCCUCAACGUCCACACGAGCCGUUGUCGUGACUUGGAGCGGCCUGAAAUCGCCAGUACCUGCCAGCUGAAGAUCUGCAGUGAGUGGCAGAUCCGCUCCGAGUGGACCGCUUGCUCGGUGCCAUGUGGGCUGGGUCAGAAGUCACGAGAGGUACGCUGUGUCAGCAACGUGGGCGACUUUGUUCCUGAUGAGGAGUGCAACAUGAAUCUGCGGCCCAUCGAUGUAGAGAACUGUGACAUGGGAGCCUGUGCCAAGAGUUGGUUCUAUACCGAGUGGGGCAAUAGGUGCUCAGCUGAAUGUGGGAUGGGGGUACGAACCCGGGGAGUCCUCUGCCUGACUAACCACAUCGGCAGCCUUCCUCUGGAGGGCUGUGGCAGCGAACGGCCUGCGGACUCCCAAGUCUGCAACAACGGCCCCUGUGAGAAUCGCAUUGAGUGGUUCACAGGCCCCUGGAGCCAGUGCUCUGCAGAAUGUGGCCCAGGCAGCCAGCAGAGGGCAGUAGUGUGUCUGCUGAAGUCAGAGGAAGCAUUCACUGUCAUGCCGCCGUAUGAGUGCUCCUCCCUGGAGCGGCCCCUCAGCCAGCAGAGCUGCAACCUCAAGGCCUGUGGAGCGAAGUGGUACCACACAGACUGGAGUGCUUGUUCAAAAACAUGUGAAGGAGGUUUCCGUGUGCGGGAGGUGCGCUGCCUGUCUGACGACAUGCUGUCCAGCGAUGGCUGCGACGAGCAGCUGAGACCAGCACAGAGGGAGAACUGCAACCCAGAGCCCUGCAUACCUCACAUUGAUGAGAACUGCAGAGACAAGUACUUUAACUGCAACGUGGUGGUCCAGGCUCGCCUCUGCGUGUAUGAUUACUACAAGACGACAUGCUGUGCUUCAUGUUCACGAGUGACCCACAGACAGUCGAUUCAUCGGGGCCGCAGCUAGCACUCUCUACCACGGUCCCUCAGCUCCAUGUCGGACCAGACUCAAUACCCCGCCACAGGCACUCUGUUCUCGGGCCAGCCAGGGGAGUGAACUGGCUGGACCUUGGUUUAAACAGACUCUUGUUUUGAUUGCCAAGGAUGGAAGCUGAAGAAGGAACAUUUCUGUUGGCUUAUUUGGAGACAGCUGUUGGGAGAAAAGGAAUACCUAAGAAUAGUGGAGGACAGGAAUCCACUCACUCGAUGAACAGAGUGCUGGUGGGGUGAGAAAGAUCAGUAGCAAACUGAGGAAACUACAAAAAACUUUAUGGAUUUUAACCACAACGUUUAAUCUAAAGAAUUACAUUUUUUUGUUUCAGUGGGAGCAGUUUGCAGCUGGCUGUUGUGGAUUACAUGACAUGAAGUGGAGAGCACCUGUAAACUAUUUAAGAUGGACUAUGUAUAGAAAGUACUGUUUAUGUUCUAAUAUGGUUCUUUACACUACAAUACUCAGAUUCAUGGCAUGAUGUCAUAUGAAGUUGAUGCUGUCUCACAUGAAUCAGCUAUUUAACAACCACUUGUUGACCAAAGAUAUGUAACCUCAUCAAACUGAAGACAGUGACAAAUUACCAUUUUCACAGAAAUACUGUGCGUCAAACCUUCCAUGAUGCUGAUGGUGUAACCUUUGCGCAGCAUGUAUUCACAAGAAAAAUGUGUGAAUUAGAUUUUAUUUGUGGCACGGAUGAGGUUUUUCUGAUUACCUAAGCAGUGGCAGACCACCUGGUUUUCCUGCCUGCGCAGCCGUUAGGUGUAAAUGCAGCCUUUGUAAUAUGUAUGUAUAUAUGUAUGUUUGUAUGACAGAGUGAAUGGUAAAAGGUAUUUUUUAAGGGGUUCUCAGACAAUCUUCCCAGAAACUGAAGAGAAAAAAAGCCCUCUUUAUUUAUUUGUGUGGCUCCCCAGGGAGGACACUGGUUUAUCGGCCACCAGUGGCCCCUUUUUGGCUGUGGGGAUAAAACCUUUGCUGUCUCUCCACCAAUCACAGCCUCUGGACUGAAUGUAGGCAUUCCACAGCCUGCUGGAUGGUGGAAGCAGAUGGUGAAAAACCCCAAAGUAUUUUUGAAGAGGUGAAACAAACUGCAUAUAUAUGUUUUUUUUUUUUCUGUAGGAGAUGAUCAUUCCACCAUUGUACAAUCCCUGAUAAAUCUCUAAUUAUAAAUACAUUGAAUUAUCAAUAAAGCAUUAUUAGUAUUUGAUUGUAAAGAAAAAUCACCACAGUAUUUUACAACUAUUAAUCUGUUAUGGUAUAUAUGAGGUUUACAUUAAUAGUAAGUCCUUGUUGAAUCAGCCUCUCUUUCAGUUUCAUACAGAACCUGCACACUGGGCCUCUCAAGUGUUGUUCAAACUGUUUUUGUAUUAUAUGUUAGCAGUUCCCUCCAUGCACCAUAAAUUUACCUCAGAUCCAUAAGUACUGUAUUAAUCAAUGUUUAAGUUGGGAUGAUUCAAGUGUGCAAUUGAUUCAAUCUCUAAAUGCAAGAAACAAACCAUCAACAUCUGAAUGUGUUGACAUGAUGACGUGAUACUUGAUUUUCCCCAAAACAAUCAAAAAGAAUUAAACUAAAAUACCAGAAUCCUUCCGUAUUCGAAUGAGUGCAACUAAUAAAACAUCUGUACUUGUCUUCUUUUACAUUACAACUGUUCAGCCGUUUAUUUUUCAUGGAGUGUUCUUGAGAAUUUUUGAAAUAAAAAAAAUUACUAAUUA